AUGAACCGAUUCGGCUGGCUCGAGUGGAUUGUAAAGGCAAAUCGGCCUCUCAUGUUCUGCGAGAACACGUUCGCUCGCCGGUACUCUUCCUUGGAGCCGAUAUCAGUGGAAACUCUGCGUGCACUGCUCGAAGGCAUUACGCGUUCCGUGGAAGCAGAUGUUGUUGCAGAGUCGCCGGACGCUUUGGCAUCAUGUUCGAUGGGUGGACCCACUCAUCCGAACAUUUCGUCGCAGUGUUUGCGUAUUGCGAAGAUAAUGGCAUUGCUAAGUCGGCGCUCCUGA